AUGAUGAGUCCGUCGGGUGGGGGAAUAAUCCCUUCCAAUUCUGGUUCCUCCUGGACGGAGGAUUCGUUCGAGAUCAAAGUGUUGAUGGAGCCCUCGCCCGAACCGGAAAUGGAAGGCACAUCGGCUCGUUCUGCGAUCCCAAGGGUGGAUGAAGCGGGGCCGCCCCCCUUACCCACAAUUGUAGCUUGGAAUCGUCGAUGCGAAAUCGCAUUGCACGACUCGAGGGGGACGGUAGCUCCUAUCUGCUGGAUAAGGAAAAGGGAGAAUAUUGGUCCGACAUCAAACUCGCGCUGGGGCAAGCUCCCUCCCAGCAAGAGUAUCAAAGAUUACUCGAGUUUGAGAACAGGGAUCUACAGAUCCGAGAACUCAAACAUGAGUGUCUACGACUUUUCAAAAAGUCUUAACCCAGAAUCCUACCUUGGCCGCCCAGGCCCCUUACAACCCCCAAGAAGCGUUUAA